AUGGCAUCAAUCUUACCCACAGAGUUAGCCGAUUUUGGUAGCAAGUCCUACUGGGAACACUUUUUCUCACGUCUUAGUUCUGCCUUCGAAUGGUACGGCGAUUUGGAGACACUGUUCGAUACUUUCGCGGGAAAUAUCAGACACACUGAUAAGGUCCUGGAAGUUGGUUGUGGCAACUCGGAAUUAUGCUGUCAGAUUUAUGACAAGCUAGGAUGUCAAAGUUACCUUGGCAUUGACACAAGCGAGACAGCAAUUAAUGAGGUCCGGCGUCUUUAUGCUGAUCGUAGAACACGUCCCAGCCUUUCCUUCGAGAGACUGGAUGUCUUUUCUCUGGUAUCUGAAUUACACCACAGAGGCUUCGAACUGCCGCACUUCAAUUCCGUCAUUGACAAAGGCACUCUAGAUGCCAUUCACAGCGGUGGCAGCUCGGAGGAACAAAUAACAACCUACUUUGAGCAGAUAACAUCAACAAUCUGCUUAUUCGGACGAUAUAUUUUGAUCACUCUGGCUCAAGAGCACAUUGUGCACAGUAUUGCUAAUUUCUUCCUCAGAAAUGAAUGGCUGGUGACUUGCGUCCAAGUGAAUCGCCCAGCGCCCUCCAAGGUCUCCGGUCAGAAGUUGGCCCUGCCUGUGUUCAGUGUUGUUUGCGUAAAACUGCGCAACAGCCUCGGACUGCCCCGACUGCGUAUGCAGGCUUUGGGAUGGGAUAGGGCAGGUCAAUGGCAGAGCGGUUCGUCCUCGGAGUUGGGUCAGCAGCUGCUGAAUUGGGUCACAUACUGUCAGCAGGAAUGUCUUCGUCUGAGUGCCCUCCAGUAUGUUGUACCGUUCUCUUCCAUCCCUUACUUAUUUACGCUCUGGCAAAUCUCUUCCUAUACUUUUAUUCACAUUUUCACUGUUGUCUUUUGUAAAUAUCAUGUUAAUGUCGCCAUUAGGGUAAACAGCGAAUGUCUUUAUCACCCGAAGCUCGUUUCUGGUGUACAGGAAACACUGAUCACCACUAUACAGUGA